AUGGCAGCCCUCAGCUGGUUCCUCUAUGCCUUUCUGAUUGGGCUCGUUCCCACUGCGACAUCGCAAUUCAACACGACAGUCAACUUCACUCUCACCUCCAUGGACCCCAUGAUUGACAUGGACGGAGCACUGAAAGCCCAGCCUCUUACUCUGGAUGAGAGGACCGGCUACCGGAAGUUCGACUUUGCGCGCGUCACUCUAGCCCACGCGUGGUUCGUCGGAACUGGUUUCUCAGUGCACGGGUUCGGAACAUGGGACAACGAAAGCGAAAAGCCGACAUCGGCCCCCAUGGUAGCUCGUCUGAAGUAUGUGUACAACAAUACACAAGUACCUGGGGACCGGACGCCGUUCACCCAAUACCUCGGGAACGAGCAAGGUCCUCCAAACGAGUUUGGUGACCUGUCCUUGCCCCUGGCAGCCUAUCAGAUCGACUUCAUGUACUACCCAUUCGCGACGGCCGAGUUCCACAACCUCACUGUGCAGGUUCCCAUUCGGACGCAGGCCCCUAAUCUUGAGGCUUUGCAGAGCCAAGCCGAACUCAGCCCUACUGUGCGAGCAGGAGAGUUGAAUGUCGCCAUGACGGUCAGCCGAGGUAACAGUCACGAAAACGAGCUCAGAGCGGGAGGGAUCAUCGAUUGGCCUCUUCCCGGCUCUAAUGCAACUCUCUCUAAGCGUGCGCCGUUCAACUACGACGUCGUUGAUGACAGCGUGGUCCUCAAGAACUCCAUUGAACUCACGUACAAGGUUCCCGCCAACACGACAUUGAUCCAGAUCCUUGGUCCGGUCGGUAAAUACAACCAGUCCUUCGAUGGCAGUCGCUGCUUUGCCGCCUUGGACCCUCACCCACCGUGGUGGAGGAACUUCAGCUUUCCGCUGUCCGCAUCUUACAAGCUGUUGAACCAGACAAACCGCACCAUGUUCCUGCUGCCUGUCGACCCAGCGGUGGAUACUACCGUGAUCGUGGGCCCGAGACAAUUUGCACAUAAGCUGACUACAAGCAACUACACGCUCGCCAACAUGGUCGCCGACAACAGCAGCUCCACCGAUUCUCAGAGCGCGAAGAGCGGAACCAACAAGACAGCGACCAUCGUCGGAGUUGUGGUCGGUGUAGGCGGAGCACUGAUUUUAACCGGGCUGGCACUGUGGUUGCUUCGCCGUCACAAAGCCAAGAAGAGGGAGGAGGAGACCAAGGCUGGAGCGACGCCGUAUGUGGUGUCCGAGAAGGAGCUCUAUCGAACAGCGAGUUGGUCGCCACAUAAUGCCGAUGGUACGGCACCUUCUGCGAACGCGGAGGCGAGACCGCGAGAUAGCGACGAGGAUCGCCCUCCUCGCCGUAUCGUUCGAGAGCAGGACGCUGAAGAGUACGAAGUCCUGCCACCUCUAUACCGAGAGUGGCAGCCGCGGCCGGGGCCCGAAGGAGAUUCAUCGCCCUCUCAAGCACCUCCGCCGGAGUCGCAUCCGGCAGACACUCCGUCUGGCUUAUCUGACUCCAACGUUGACCCAAUCUCCCUCAAAGAUGACUACGUGAGGGCGUUGGGCUCGUCGGCUGGGCCGAGCUCCGUGACCUCCCCCCCGCAGCCUGCCCGAACCCCGAAGGGGGGGCACGCCACGGAGCUCUCUGCAAAUGAGGAGAAGUGCGCCCCCGAACGGCCUGGCACGUCCCCACCGUCGCAAGAUAAUCGGCCACUCAACGAUGAGGCUCUGCUGCCCAAUGUCCAGCGUCGGUCCCGUGCGCUACCGGAAAUCCCCACAGCCGGCGCAUCAAACGAUGCGGGGCCAGUGGCAGCACCAGUCCGAAGACCAGGGGAGUUAGCGAGGGAUUACAAGAGGGCGUUCCUGUAG